UUUUUCUUAUGAUAAUAUGUUUGAAGGAAAAAAAAAACAAUUAUGGUGGUGUAGUGAGCGUGAUGCACGGGGUCUCAUUUGCUCCGCGCUGGGCGGUUGUUGAGCUGCAUCCCCUUGGCAUCCUUCCGUGGCUGCAGAGGACUCCGGUAGCUCAUUGCUGGGGAAGGGACGGGCGGCGAAGAAGCCUCCGUGCGUACCUGGUGUCCCGUGACCAGCCCCACCUCUCUUUCGGGCUUUGGGGAUUCAUUCCCUUUCGGGCCUGCCCUGUAGUUCGCAAUGCAGAGAGGAAGCACAUGGGACUGGAACGCUGUCAGCGCUGCCUUGUGUUUUCCUACCUCUGAGAAUUUGAGGAAUAACCCCGACUUUAAAUAGUUGGCGAUGUUACCUCGGGCCAAAGUUCCGGGUCUGCAGCGAGUGCCGUAGCCGAGCGCUUUGGCUGUGCAGCCGCAGACUCCCGUCCUCGCCCGUGUCUCUGCUCCCGCAGCUUUCGCUUUCGCGGGGCAAAGUCCCGGCCGCCCGGGACAUGGAGGGACGCGCGCUCCCGCCCGGCCCCGCCCGCGGGGGCCGAGGGACGCGGGGCCGGGGUCGGGCCGGGGGCCGGGGCCGGGGCCGGGCUGCAGAGCGACUGCCCCGGGACCCGCAUCCCGGGCCGGCCCCGACCCCGCGCCCCGCCGGGCCCGGCCCCGCGGCCGUGGACGAGCGGCUGCUGCAGGCCCUGGGGGGGCUGAGCCUGCGGCCCCCGCGGGGCGGCGGCGGCGGGAGGCUGGUGCUGCUGCGGGGGCUGCCCGGCGCCGGCAAGAGCACCCUGGCCAGACAGCUGAAACGUGACUACCCCAGUGCUGUAGUCCUUAGUACUGAUGACUUCUUUCUUGAAAAUGGUGUCUACGUCUUUGAGCCUGACUUCCUAGAGGAUGCACACAAGUGGAACCAGAAAAGAGCACGCAAAGCAAUGAAGAAUGGGAAAAGCCCGGUUAUUAUUGACAAUACCAACAUCCAUGCUUGGGAAAUGAAGCCGUAUGUGAUGAUGGUAGGGGAAGCUCCAGUUUAUUAUAUGCCUAGCCAUGACAUCUACAAGGCACAUGAAAACAGAUAUGAAGUUACAUUCCAAGAACCGGAUACACCCUGGAAGUUCAAUGUUCAAGAACUGACAAGAAGAAACAUUCAUCACGUCCCUCGGGAAAAGAUACAGCGGAUGAAAGAACAAUACGAGCACAAUGUUACCUUCCACAGUGUUCUCCGCUCUGAAAAACCAUGCAGGGAUGAGGGAAGCCACAGUGGAGCACGUGCAGCUCCCCAUCCACCCCACCUUUCUGCCUUCCCAAGGAGGAGACCUGGCACGGCACGUACAAAUGUGACAUUUAACUGAAGAUGUGCAUUCCUCGGCGUUUUAAUUGUCAGGGUACAAGAGUCUCUGGUUUUACAUUUUUUUCUUAACUGUUUUUAUUCCUGUUUUUCUACUACAUAUCUAAAUUGUUUUUAUUUCUUACAAAACUUUAAAUGGCAUUGGACUGUGAUCCCACAGCUCUACAGGACCACUGUAAGAGCACUGUACCCAGUACAAACUGCACUCCCUCUCAUCCCUCUUCCUCCCUGAAAACCCAUCCAGGCAUAUGUCAGAUGUACUGGCUCUACCACAUGCCACAUUUCGGGUGUUCUUUCCUGCAUCACAGUCUGACGCUAGCAAUAAACAUUCCUAACUUAUUUCUGUCUUAAGGCCAUUGUGGCCAACUCUUUCCCCACACAACUGGCAUUUCUUGCCAUUUUAAUGCCUUAUAUCUGACAGUAUAAACUUUUUGUAUCUACUACCUUGCCUGCAGCAUUAUUGUAACUUUCAGAGGCAGUGAAUGAUGGCAAAGUAGCUCAACAGAUUGUUGAUUUGAUGCUGUUCCCUCUCUCCACUGACUGGAUUCAUGCUGGUCUUACCUCACACACAAUCAGCUUCUUGAGCCUGGAAGCAAAACACUUCAACAGAGCAAACUCAGCUCUUCAUCCUGCCAAGACACAGCAGUUCACUGAUCCCAAGAUGGAGAGGCUCCUAAAAUGAGACAUUAGUGGAAAGUCUGAGGAGAAAAGUACAAGAAUUUUUGGCAGAAUAGCAGAGCUACAUUUCAGAAUUCAAGUGCUCUGUUUGGUGAAAAUGAGAGAAUCCUUUAUUGUGCCCUGUGCCACCUUGGACAGCCAGACAACUCUUCUAAUGUUGCAGAGGGUAACAGAACUGAUGGCUUAGACCGAAACAAAGAUCCUGCUCUAAUAUAAGAACACAGAAUCAAUGGCUUACAAAAUGUCAUCAAACCCUCAGCCACACCGAUGCUAUUGUACAAAAUACAGCUUUGUGAGAAGUGUUUACAUACUAAACUUCAAACUAUUCUGCAAAUGAAGUGUUAUUUAAUGAGGCUGUUUGUGUAAUAGAAUUUUAUUAAAUACAAUCAAGUUUUAAUGUACAAA